AUGAAGGAUGGGAAUGGGGUAUGGACGGAAGAGCCCUCCAGGAUUGAAGAGAUGGCGAUCACUUUCUUUGAGGGCAUUUUGUCGCAACCAGGACAAAGGCCGAUGGAUCUUUCGAUGCUAGAGGUUAUACCUUCGGUUAUCACUAUGCAAGAUAACAUGGAGCUCCAGCAGUUUCCGACGGAGGAGGAAGUCAAGGCUGUGGUUUUUCAACUAGAUGGUGGCAGUAGUCCGGGUGCGGAGCUAUCUUGGGGGUACACUGCUACGUGGUUGGCCCUGAUCCCUAAGACUCCUGAGCCGUCCUCCUCCUCAAACUUUCGCCUUAUCAGCUUGUGUAACUUUAUUAAUAAAAUCAUAUCUAAGCUGUUGGCGAGACGUUUGGAGCGAGUGUUGCCACGACUUAUCUCGCAGCAGCAGAGUGGCUUUGUGAAAGGUCGCCAGAUAUCGGAUAACAUACUGUUAGCCUUAGAGAUGUGUUCAGCCUCGGGGAGGAAGGUCAUGCGCAGGUUUGGGUUUGGGGAGCAAUGGCUUGAUAUGGUUUGGAGGUUAAUUUCGUCAUGCCAUUUCUCAGUAUUGGUUAAUGGAAAGCCGUGUGGCUUUUUCCGUUUAUCUCGGGGUCUACGGCAAGGGGACCCAUUAUCCCCGGCUUUAUUUAUUAUUGCGGCUGAGGUGUUGUCUAGAAGCUUGAAUGAGUUACCGGGGGAGUCGAGGUUUGCUCCGUUCUUCGUGACGCGGGAAUGCCCUCCUUUCACGCAUCUUGCUUAUGCGGAUGACGUAAUCAUCUUCUCCAACGGUGGUAAGCGGUCUCUUGGGUGUGUCAUGCGGGUGCUGGAGGGCUAUCAGGUCACUGGGUUCCCUGCUAAGAGCUUGCCAGUAACCUACUUGGGUUGCCCAUUGUUUAGGGGGAGAAGAGUGAAGUCUUUAUUCGCUGAGUUACUCUCCAAGUUCUCCCACCGAAUUGCGUCUUGGCAGGGGCGAUGGUUAUCAAUGAGUGCGCGGGCAUUGCUUAUUAAGCAUGUAUUGUCGUCCAUGCCGAUUCAUAUGCUGGCAGUUUUGGAGCCUCCAAUGGGGGUUAUUUCUGACCUCGAGCGGAUGCUUGCUAGGUUCUUUUGGGGCGAAUCGGAAUUUGGUGCUAAAUGUCACUGGGCGAAGUGGGAGAAGCUGUGCUUCCCGGAGAAGGAAGGGGGGGUUGGGUUUCGGUCCCUCCAGGCGGUCGUUGAGGCGUUCUCCUGUAAAUUAUGGUGGAUGUUUCGGUGUGGUCAAUCUCUUUGGGCGAAAUUUAUGAGAGCACGAUACUUUGGGUCCCUGCACCCGAAUCAAGCUCCGUUUCCUGGUCAGCUGUCUGCAAGUUGCAAGCGUAUGCUUGUGGUCCGGUCGUCAAUGGAGCAAUGGUUAAAGUGGGAUCUUUCUAGGGGAGAGGUGGCGUUUUGGUGGGACAACUAG